CGAAAAGUUUUAAAUUAAAAAAAGGAUCUCCAGGAGCUUCUGUUCACCUCUGUGAACUCUUGAAGGGACCCCGAUGGCGUGGCCAAGCUGAGAAUCAGGGCUCUGCUCUCUCCCACUGGGUGUUUUCUCCUUUCUCUAUGAGCCCCAAGGUCACUGACCACCUGGGGACGAAGCCAAGCCAUCAGGGUUUCCCUCCGGACAGCGCUGGUCUUGUGCCCCACCUUCACCACCCCCCUUUGCUGGCCUCCCGGCCACCCCCAUUUUCCUCCUUCCCUAGUCCUCUGGGAACCUGGACACUGCCCACCCACCCGCCCAUCACCAAACCUGCCACCCCACCUGGGCCGUCAGCCUGUGUGACAGCUGUCCCCCGCAACAGGAAGUCCUGAGUCCUGCUCAGAGCUGGAAAUCAGGACUGCAGGGAAGUGUUGAAAUGAGGAAGGCGUGUUGAGGCAACAAGGGCCAGCAGGAGGGCCUCAACCACCCAGCUCACUCCUGAGUAAGCGUGGAGCUUACCAUGCCCCUUCCCUACUGAGAACUACCCCUCCCCUCCCACGGAGGCCCUGGCUGGAGGUGGCCUUGCCCCGCCUCUGUUGCCAGGAGGUCCUCCUGGCCUGGCACAAGUCCUCCCUGGAGUCCGGAGGCCAGAACAUGGCAGGACUGGGGUGGUGGUGAGGGGGCAGCAGAAUCUAGAAGUGAGUGACUGUUGGGAGGGGUUCUGUUGACAGGAUGCCCAAAGCUUGCAGGGCAGGACAGGAAUUCAAGAAGCACUGACAGGAUCUGAGACCAGGCUGGGGCUGUCCCCGCCUCUGCCCCUUCCUCCCCUCCCCUCCCCGCCUGGCCAGCAGACCCCACCCCGUGGAGCAGAAGCCACAGUCACUUCCUGAAGGCAGCGGUCCUGGCCUGGGUCCCACUCGCCUUGUGGCCCGUCGCCCUCCUGCAGCCAUGGGGAGUCAUCAGGACUUCCGGAGCCUUCAAGCAAAGUUCCAGGCCUCUCAGCUGGAGACUGGCGACCUCCCCAAAAAGCCCCCGAAGCCUGAGUUCCACAAACUCCUCAGAAAGUUUCCACAACCUGAGCUAGGCGAGCACCCCAAGAAGCCCCCACAGCCUGAGUUCACUGACCUGCCCAAAAAGCCCCCCAAACUUGAGUUCAGUGAACUCUCCAAGAAGUCCCUGCAGCCCGAGGCCACACCACUCCCCAGGAAGCCUGAGGUCCCUGAGGGCCCCCCUCAGAAGCCCCCGCAGCAGCCUGAGCUCAGCAACACCCCCAGGCCCCCCGUGGAGCCCAAGUUCAGUACUCUUCUUCAGAAGUCUCCGCAGCCUGAGUUUUGUGGGCUCCCCAGAAAGCCCCCGCAGCCUCAGGUAGGUGGCCUCCCUAAGAAGUUCCUGCCACAGCCCGAGUCCACUGAGGUCCCUCCAGUGCCCCUCUUAAAGCCUGAAUUUGGUGAGCCCCACCCCCACUCCUCAGAGCCUAACUUCAGUACUCUUCCCAAGAAGCCUCCGCAACCUGAGUUCUGUGGGCUCCCCAGAAAGCCCCCGCAGCCUCAGGUCGGUGGCCUCCCUAAGAAGUUCCUGCCACAGCCUGAGUCCAGUGAGGUCCCUCCAGUGCACCUUUCAAAGCCUGAAUCUGGUGAGCCCCACCCCCACUCUUCACAGCCCGACUUCAGUACAUUUCCCAGAAAGAUCACCCGGCCUCAGCUGAAUGACCUCCCCAAGAAGCCCCUGCCACCUGAGUUUGGUGACCUCACCAGGACGUCCUCGGAGCCAGAGGUCAGUGUGGUUCCCAAGAAGCCACGCCAGUGUGAGUUCAAGGUGCUCUCCAAGAAGCCCCUGCAGCCCGAGCCCACCAGCCUCUCGAGGACGUCCUCGGAGCCCGAGUUCAGCGUGCUCCCCUCCAAGUUUCUGCAGCCCGAGUGUCGGGGGCCCCCCCGCAAGUUAUCGCAGCCAGAGCCCAGUUCUCUGCCCAGGAACCUCCCGAGAAAGCCCCUGCUCCCUGGCUCCUUUUCAGAGAGCUCACUGCCCUCUGCCGUGGUGGGCUCCAGCCCACGGGUCCCUCUCAGCCCAGGGUUUGGGGCACGGCAGCAGAGAUCAGGAGCCCUCGCUCGGAGUGCUGGCUCCAGACUAGGUCUCAGACCUGGUCACCUGCCCCGGCGGAGGCCUCUACCCCCGGCCAGCAGCCUGGGCCCUCCCCCAGCCAAGCCCCCACUGCCCCCAGGCCCCAGGGAUAUCCAGAGUUUUCGGAGAGCUGCGGCAGCAGACACAGCUCUGCCCAGGACCUCCUCUUCUGCUGGCCUCCACUGCAUCCCACAGGACCCAGACGAGGUGUACGAUGAUGUCGAGCCCACAGACCACUCUGGACCUGGCCCCAGGAGCAGAGAUGAAGUGCUGUCGGCUCAGCAGUACCCGUGGAGGCCACCGCAAGACCCAGAGCUCAGGAAGGAGAAGGCGCCCCUCCAGCCACCACAGAUGCCGCCCAUGGACCUGAAGUCCCUGAAGCAGCUCCGGAAGGCAGAGAAAGCAGAGCGGGAGUUUCGGAAGAAGUUCAAGUUUGAGGGGGAGAUUGUGGUUCAGACAAGGAUGAUGAUCGACCCCAAUGCCAAGACCCGCCGUGGGGGCGGCAAGCACCUGGGGAUCCGGCGUGGGGAGAUCCUGGAGGUGAUCGAGUUCACCAGCAAGGAGGAGAUGCUGUGCCGGGACACCAAGGGCAAGUAUGGCUAUGUGCCAAGAACAGCUCUACUGCCCCUGGAAACAGAGGUGUACGACGACGUCGCUGCCUGGGAUCCUUUGGACAGCCAACCAUUGCCCUAGGGACAGUAAGGCCCGCAGGUGUGGGGAUGAAGGACAGCCCACCAGUCCAGUCACCUGCUAAUAAUGAGUCCUGGACCCUAGCGUGGCCAUCACAGAACAGCCUGGGCUCCUGUCUGACCACGUCCACAGACCACAUAAAGUCCCUCUUUUAAAGUGA